AUGUCCUAUCCACCCUCGAAUCAGCCCGAUAACGCUCCGGGCGACUCCCGAGAGGCGUCCUUCACGCCAGCGGUCGCCCAAGUUCCGGACGAGAUUGAGCUCGACCAGAUCAGUACGGUCGACUGGAUCCAGGACUCGCUCCGAGACCGAAAUCCGAAAACAUAUCUGCCGAAACCAGGGUCUGUCCUUGAACGACUAGAGAAUUUAGAAGGAGCGCCCGGCGCCGUGUGGCGUGGUCUUCGGAGAGCGUUCCGAGAAGGAGAGAGCUACGUCGUGCUGACGCUCGUCGGUGCGAUCAUCGGUGUCAUUUCAGCGCUCAUGUCCAUCCUGACGGGAUGGCUCGCAGACUACAGGUUGGGGCAUUGCACUAACGGUUGGUACCUCGGCCGCAAGUUCUGCUGUCUCGAGAUUGCAGAGGACGGAGGGUGCGACGAGUGGCAUGACUGGGGAUCAUUCCCGCCCCUCCCCUGGCUGGCCUAUAUCUUCUUCGCUCCUCUCUCCAUUGGAUCCGGUCUCGCUGUCGGAAAGGAGGGUCCUUCGGUCCAUGUCGCUUCCUGCGUUGGUAACGUCGUCGGACGACUGUUCCCUCGGUAUAAAGCCAGCCACAGUGUCGCUGUCGCGUUCGGCUCCCCGAUCGGCGGUGUGCUCUUCUCGAUUGAAGAGAUGAACCAGACGUUCAGCGUGCGGACAAUGUGGCGGAGCUUUGUGUGCGCUCUGUCCAUGGACCCGUUCCGCACUGGCAAGCUGGUCCUGUUCCAGGUUUCCUACGACCGCGACUGGCACUACUUUGAAAUACCCGCCUACAUCCUCCUCGGCAUCUUUGGUUUCAACAUCCAGAUGGCCGCCUUCCGCCGCAAGCACCUCGCGAACCGCGGCGUCGCCGAAGCCGUCACGCUCGCCGUCCUGACGGCGGUGAUCAGCUACCUGAACCGCUUCCUGCGCAUCGACAUGACGGAAAUGAUGUCGAUUCUGUUCCGCGAGUGCGAGGGCGGCGGCGACCACGACGGCCUGUGCCAGGCAUCCAGCCAGUGGUCCAUGGUCUGGUCGCUGCUGCUGGCCACCGUGCUGCGUAUCGGCUUCAUCAUCAUCAGCUACGGUUCCAAGGUCCCCGCCGGUAUCUUUGUGCCGUCCAUGGCUGUCGGAGCGACGUUCGGCCGCGCCGUCGGCAUCGUCAUGAAGGCGAUAGAACAGUGA